CUUCGACCAUAAUGCUUCCUCCUUCUGGACAUCCAUUCAAAACACCAUCACCGUCACCACAGCCAGCUCACUCAUCAUGCCGGCGGCCGAGUUUGUAUUUGUCACCACAAGCUCCUUCGGCAAGCCCGAAUCUGCCGACAGGUCUCUCAUCCGCAGCCGCUGCAUGCGCGGGAGAAAUGCGCGCGAGGGAUCGCGUCGAUCCGUGCGACAGGCAAAGCGAGAUUCCCAGCUGCAGGAUCAGGCGAUGCGACUUCAGCCGCUAGCCCACCCUUUACCAACGAAUUCCACCUCACCACACACUAGACUUCAACAUAGAGAAGGGGAGAAUACCCCUAGCUCUGACAUUGCCCCGUGGCUGGCAAACAAUCGUGUCUUCUCUCAGUUUGACGCAGAGAUCGACAAAAAGGCUCGCCUUGUUCAACACAGGUUUUUUACCUUUGGGUCAAUUCUGAGCGCAAUAUAUCCCAUCCAUCGCUUUGUCGAGUUUGAAUCAACGCAGGAUCCAGCUUACUACUGGCUUUACCAAGACGAUGAUUUCUCUCACACCGUUUUGUUCGCCUCCUCGGCAUUCUUCGACCUCGUUGAACACAAAGCGCUCACCGCCAGAACACAAAGCUACCUCCAAACCGCACUAUCGAUGUUGAACAAGAGGCUCUCUACAACAGAGUCCCAUGCUUUUGACUCGACCAUAAUCAUCGUCCUCAUUCUUGCCUCAGUAGCCGCCAUAAUAGGGGACUAUGACGCUACGUGGGCCCAUAUAUCAGGCCUCUACCGCAUUGUGAUGCUCCGAGGCGGACUCGACUACCUACGCAGUGACCCCAGCCUGCACUUCAAACUAGAUCGACUUGUUCUUUCUUGGUUUCUGUCCACGGGCCAAAAGCUACAGUUUCCCACGCUUCCUGUGUCCCGGACGCCGAUUCAGAGAGCUCCACGCCGCCUCACUCCAGAUGGUUUGGAUCCGCUGAUUAACGCUGGGCUUCUCGAUACGAAAGUCGUCCUUGUCCUUCGCGAUCUCCAGGAGCUAGUAGCUUCAGCCAACGAAAGUUUGAGCAGCAACUCAAGGUUGAGUGGGGAUAAGUUUCAGCAUCCCUUGGCCACAAUUCAGAGUCGACUUUUGGAGCUUGAGAACGAAGUCAACAGCAUUACAUCCGAAUGUCUCCGUCUGGGUAUGUUGGCCUUCUUGACAACCAUGUACCAAUUACCAGGACACAGGUUACCGUACAACCACCUGAAUAAUCGCUUCCAAACCUCCCUUCGAGCCAUGGAAUCAUCAACUCCUGAACUCCAAAACCUGACGACCUGGCUGGUCAUUAUCGGUCUCAUAACGGUAUGGGACGCUGAAGAGUCGUGGCUACGUGCGAUAUGGGAUAAUAUCGCGCCGGGGUCAUCAUGGGCCGAGGUACAUCGGAUUCUAUGUCUUUUUUUCUGGAUUCCAUCCAUCCACAACGUGCCAGGGAAGAGGGCUUUCGAUAAAUUAAGGACGGAGAAAAGCGUGAGAUGCUAGCGGCAUGUCUGGGUAACGGUACAACAGGGCUAGUCCACCGGUAGUCAAGACGUCAAGCAGCCGAAGGGGAGGAGGUGUCGGGGCAGGUGAGGUGCACGCACCCGUGCCUGCGCGGGUUGGUACUGGUCUCUGUUGACCGGGCUGAUCGGUGUUCAUGACACGCCGGCGUACGUCGUGGUCGGGUUGUCCCAAGGUGGAGAGUGAGGGAUGAGAGUGGAAAUCGGUUAUGGUAUUACGAAGUGGAUGACUUCCGGACCAGUGCCGAAGAGCUUUCCAGGGAGGACAACGCUA